AUGGUUGUCACUCUGCUUGACGCAGGAGCUGAUAUCAAUCAUCCUCGCCGUGAUGGAAGAUCUGUCUUGGAAUACGCUGCUUCUGAAGGCCUCGACACGAUUGUCAAAGUACUACUCGAUGCAGAAGCCGACAACGAACGAGUAGUUCUGCGUCCGAAACGAGCAUUCAUUAUUGAAGCCGACGCCAUCACUGAACAGCGCGCUGCAGCUAGAGAGUUCCGGUACGACGCUGAAGCCGGUCUUCUGUACGCCUCUGGGGCUCGCGACGAUAUUGAAGUCCCACGCUUCGAAGUACCUGAAGAUAACGACAAAGCUCUAGAUGACGUCGAACGACAUUGGCAAGAUUCACCCUCAGUGGCAGCGCUGAAGGCAGCCAUAGAUGAAGGUCACUUCAACGUUGUCAGAUGCCUGGUCGAACACGCAGCUGACCUGCACCUUGUCCUUCACCAUGUUGCGAAAAACGCCAAGUUGAGCACGACCUCUGGCAUGAUGCGCUACUUGAUCUCAAAGGGAGCCGACCCAGCAGAAGUCGAUCAUCAAGGAUGCAGUGCGCUGCAUCGUUUGAGUGAAUCACAUGUAGACUGCGUUGAGCUGCUGGUAGACUCUGGCGCCAAAGUAGCAGCCCGCAACGGGCUUGGCUACACCCCGUUUAUGAUGGCCGUAAGGGAUGCCAGGAUCAGCGUGGCACAGCAACUGCUUGCAUACGAUGCUGAUCACCUUGGAUUGAAAAUACAAUGUGCUCUGCAAAGCAUGGCGCGCGAUGCGUCACCAAGGUCAAAAAAGAAAUGGCAAUUGUCUGUGGACAUCCUGCUGCGUGCCGGUGCCGUUAUCAAUUGCAAAGAUGAGGAGGGUCGUACCGCUGUCCAUAGUGCAGCUCUAUUCGGUGCUGCAAAGUUCUUGGAAGCAUUGGCUGAGAGGGGAGCUGACUUGAACACGAAGACUGGAAGAGGAAAAACUGCAUUGGCGAUAGCGAAGCGUCGUCUCGCAAGGUUGGCAAUUGGAUUGCAUGAUGUGAACUGGAGAUAUAGCGAUCAUCAGCAUCGCGAAUACGCUAUGCGGAGACAUGGCAUGAUGGAGGGUGUCCAACAAAUUAUAGACUUCCUUGUGAGACAAGGCGCAGCCGAUGAAAAUGAUUUCGUGGAAUGUGAGAGGAUCAAGGAAACUGGCUAG